GCACUCAUUGAGUUCAUUCUGUGUAUUACAUUUGAAUACAGGUGCAUUAGAUAUAGCAAUUUAUCGAACCAGAGGCCAUGAGCCUGAAUAAGGAACUGCAAAGAACAUAAAGAAUUCAAUAAUAUAAUCAAGAUAAAUUAUUUGAUAUGAGCACUGAGAACAAUACAAGAAAGAACUAAGAUGUAUAAAUUAGUAUAGGGCUAAUAAUUUGAUACAUUUUUCUAUUUAGUUCUAUACAAUAGAUUUCUGUCAUAAAUAAAUCACCAGAGUUAAGGUGAGAUCACAUCCUGUUGAGCCACAGUAUCAUACACACAACCAUCAAGGAGAUCCAAUACAUGCUUUGCAUGAAAGCUUAGUUCAGGUUCUCACUUCUGAAUCUAAUUUUGAGCUGAAAAAAAUUCUUUGAGCAGAUAUGUGAUGCACAUUUCCCCCCUACAACAUUCUUAAGAUCCUCUUGCAUACUUAAAAAGAAGGUAGCACCACCCUUUUCUUGCACAUCUAGAGAAAAUAAGCAGAAACUCUGCACAUUUUAGCAUCCCAUAUGCACCCUUUUCACUUACAGUACGUUCUGAUCGAAUAUGCAUCCCAGAUAAAAGUAUUGUCUAGUUCUUUUUUCUUGUUUUCUAUGUCAUUCUGUGCAGAGGUUUACUGGUGAGCAAAAUGUAUGAGACGGCAAAGGAUAUCACACUUAAUCUUGUAUAUCUUGUUGAGAAAUACGGUUUUGUCCUGAACAGGGCAAGAUCGUACUACACUGACCGAAGGAUCCAGGGUACCACUGCGGUUGAGCUCACAUCCGGUCUUCACUGGUAUCUCAAAUACUGGUGUGGCGCACACAUUUCUUGGGACAAGACUGGCGGUGCACAGCUGGCAUCGGUUCCUUUGCCUGAGCAUCUGCCACAAGUAAAAGGGACAGGAGUGAAGAUUGAGCACCCUGUUCCCUGGAAUUACCAUCAGAACGUUGUCACCUCUAGCUUGUUAUUUUGCCCUGCAGUCUUUCACGGAUGGUGUUUGUGUUCAGUAGGUGGCUGAAGCCAUCAAAAUUGGUAUUGAAAUGAGCUCAGGUAAACUUGGUUCUCAAACUUGGUAUGCAACAUAUACGAGUUGUGCACAUGGGCAUCUCUGCGGACUCUGUGCAGCUGUCAAUUUUGAA